GGGGGGAGGAGAGGUGGGGGGGACCCAAAAUCCGCCUGGACCCCCUAUAUCUGCCCCAGGACCCCCCAAAUCCACCCCAGGACCCCCCAACACCCCCCUCCUGACUCCCUCCCGUCCCCCCCAACCCUCUUAGGACCCCUUCGAAAUGCCCUGCAGGAUUUUCGGGUCAGUUUAAGAGUCUCGGGACCACCUUAAGGACCUCGGGACCUUUUGGGGGUCCUUUGCUCACAUUUUAGUGCCGCUUUCAAGGUUUUUUUCGCACCAUUUUGGGGCCGUUUCGGGUUAUUUUCGGCUCCUGUCCCGUUUCCGCGCUCGGGACGCGAUCGCGUCUCGCUUUCUGUCCCCCCCGGGCCGCCGUCACCGGGGCCGCUCACGUGACCGGCGCGCCGGCUGUCACGUGACCGGCCGGGCCGUGAUGGCGGCGGGCGGCGAGGCCGGGCCCGGCCGGGCCCUCGAGGCGCUGCUGGAAAUGGGAUUCGGGGCUCGCCGGGCGGCGAAGGCGCUGGCGCUGACCGGGAACCGCGGGGUGGAACCGGCCAUGGACUGGCUGGUGGCCCACGAGGACGACCCCGACUCGGACUCAGACCCUGAACUGCCCCCAGGUUUUGGGAUCCCCGGGGGGAUCCCCCCGAGUUUGGGGGGGCCCCGACAGCCCCAGGAGGAGGACGAGACCCAGAAGCUCCUGUUGGCGGCGGGGCAGGAGCGGGAGCGGCGGCGCCGGGGGCAGGAGCUGUCGCGGCUGCGGGAGUGGCGCCGGGACGAGGAGCGGCGCCGGGCGGCCGAGGAACGGCGCCGGGACCACGCCGAGGAGAGGGCGGCCCGGCAGCGGGUGAAGGAGAAGAUCGAGCGGGACAAGGCCGAGAGAGCACAGAGGUUCGCCCCCUCCCCCGCCGAGCCCCCCCCCCAGACCCCUCCCCCCGGGGCGGAGCCGCCGGCGCCGCGGGAAUACGACGAGUGCCGGAUCCAGGUCCGUCUCCCGGACGGGCGGGCGCUCACGCAGCGGUUCCGGGCGCGGGAGCCGCUGGCGGCCGUGCGGCUCUUCGUGGAGCUCAACCGGGGCACUGGGAGCACUGGGAGCACUGGGAGCGCCGGAGAACCCCCCCAGGGGGGGCCCCAGAGCCCCCCGGAGCCCUUCAGCCUCCGCACGGCCUUUCCCAAGAGGCUCUUCACCGAGGAGGACAUGGAGAAACCCCUCCAGGAGCUGGGUCUGGUCAACUCCGCCGUCGUCAUCGUGGCCAAGAAGGAGGGGAGCUGAGGAGGGGGAGGGGCCUGGAGACCCCCAAACCUUCCAGCGGGGACCCCCCCAGGGACCCCCCCACCCAAAUAAACCUCAGCUGUGUCGUCCCCCCCCAAAAUCCUGUCUCUGUGUCCCCCCCCAAACACACAAGUGGGGGAGGGGGGCAAAGCAUCUUCACUGGGGGGUCUCACCCCCUUGUUGCCCCAAAGGAGGGGUCCUGGGGGUUUUGGGGGGUCCUGGUGAUAUUGGAGGGGUCUGGGGACCCCAACACCCCCCCCCCGAGACCCCCAGACCCAAAUAAACCUCAGCUGUGCCCUCCC